GGAGGUGUUGAGCCAAUAGCAGAGGUUUCUGGUGAUGGGGAGGAGCUGGAACCUGCACAAGAAAUGACCAAAUUCAUCAAGAAGAAACCGUCGAAGAAAGUCAAGAAAGAAAAAGAGAAGAAAGAAGUUUCCAGAGAGCCAUCUGAGGCAGAUGUGAAAGAGGAAGCAGGGGUUCCAGAGGAGACCCUCAAGGAGGUGAAAAAGGAGAAAAAGGAGUCAUCAAAAGACAAAAAAGAGUCAAAGAAGGAUUCCAGCAAAGAGCCCAAGGAUGACACGAAGAAGAAAGAGUCAUCUUCUUCCAAGGAAAAAAAAGAGAAGAAGGAGAAGGACAAAGAGAAAGAAGGAAAGGAGUCUGGGGACAAAAAAGUGUCCAGGAAGUCCUCUUUAAAAGUAAAAGAGAAGAAGAAAGACCCGGAAGCCGCAGAGGGCUGAUGGAAGCAAUGCAAUAUGUUACCUUUAUAUGCAUUUAAAAAUAUAAAGUUCAUCUUCCACACAUAUACUGUUUACAUGUCAACAUAAACAGGGUAAUCUAACAGGAAUAUGUCCAUUUAUACGGUUUACAUAUGCAUUUAAUUGUAAAUAUUCUCUGUUAGGGUUACAUUUGUCAGUGGCAAAACCAUUUCCUCCCAGAUGUUUUUACACAACCGCGCUGAUCCGCUGCUCUUCUGCUGAAUCCGCAACAUAUAGCCGUUCAGCGAGUGUGUUUUCCAACUGUGGUGAGCUCUGAGCCGACGAGGGGUGAGGAUGAACGCAAACUCCUCCUCCUUCUCGUCGUUGUCUUCGUCUUGCCUCAGCAGCAUUUGAACCCGCAGCACUAAUUUCAGCCAGGGCCCCAAACCAGCUCACACCCACACACACUUCGAGGGUUCACCGGAGCCCUCGCCGCCUUUCCACCAGGAAUAAAAAUCGCCUGGCUCGUCCAGCCGCCUCACUGCUUCCGGGUAAAUCAAGGCUACAUCCCACAGCUGCCGCUGCUGCAGCCACCCCCGUCUGACCUUCACCGCUUUUUUAAGUUUGGUUCACUCAAGAAGGACGUGUGCUGGCGUAUGGACACGUACUUAUCCCCUUGGAGUUCCAACCUUUGCUCGUCUGUGGUUUAAACAGCUUCGUUAAUGUCAGUUUAAAGAGAAUAAAGAGAAGUAAUAGGAGUGAAACGAGAAAACUAGACAUUUUUUAGAAGCAAAAAUUGCUGUGUUGUAAGUCCUGUGGAAAAAAAAAAAACUCAGAUUAGUACAACAAAACAUAAACACUUUUGCAGAUAUUAUUUCAUUUCAGGGCCAAUUAGACCGAUAUAGUUUGAAAGUUUCCUUAAAGGAUUCAAAGACUACAUUUAAGAAACAUCUUUCAUAAAAGACAAUUGUAUCUUGUCUGUUUGGUGAUGAUUUUCACAUUAUUAUGAAAUUAAAACACAUUCUAAUUAUGUCUGCAUGUCCACACAACCUUGGAUGCAAGUUUUAGAAAAACUACUUUUUUUCCCAUUUUGAUGCAUGCUCACACACACAUUUGUACAUUUUUUGUCAUCCAAGUGGAUUUUAAGAUUUUAAGAAUUUUAGGUGCAUUUCUGUUAGAAUUAACAUUUGAAGACUCCUGCCAUUGUUGCUGUGCCAGCAGCUCUGCGUUACUCUCUAAGUCCACAUUAAGCAUGUCUGUGGGUCCAGUUUAAGCUGUUUUCUUGUCCGGGAUACUUAUUCUUAUUUUUAGCUUGUAUUGUGAAACAGAUGGCUGUUUGAAAUGUUGGUCUCAGCCUCUGUUGUUUGAGCAAAAACCUCAUGCCCUCCUGUUUGAAUAUAGUUUCCCCUCCAUUUUUAACAUUUUUUUAAUGUAGAUAUUUGAUUAUUUCACACAUGUUUAAGUGUAAAAGUUGAAAUAGCGCCAUCUUGUCUUUGCCAAGAAAGACUGUUAGAAAUCUUGGUGAUUUUGUAAAGUAUCCACUGGAUACCAUGCACUAUAAGUUCCAGUUUCAUAUCAGUCUGGACGUGUGAAAUGUUUGAAAUGUGGAGCAGGUUUUGGUUCACAUCCAUCAGGCUCCUCCUUUGAGUCUGCUUUUAUAGCCAUUGUUUAUCCCAGAAGACAUUUCUGUAAAAACUUUGCUAACUGUGAAGCCUGUAGUUAAAGUCCCCAAACAUGAGAAUAAAAUAAGCUUAUUUAUGAUUA